AUGGCUUCGCCGAUAUUCCUGCCCGAUGGGCCGCCGAUGCCCGGUCGUGACCCGAACUUCACCGAAGCCAUCAGCCAGAGAAUGCGAGUACCGGACCGCUUGAGAGUCGGCCCUGGGCCUUUGAGUAACGAAGAGCGAGAGAUGCCGGAGGAACCUCCGCCUGCGUACAGCAUGCAUAUUCCAGACAGGCUAGCUUUAACAGAUGCUCCAGACCUGAGUCCCCGGCCUCUUUUCUCAAAGUUCGGUCUUGCGGGCCCCGGACCCUCUACGUGGGACUCGCAGGCCCGGGCGUACGACAGAGACUCGUACGCAAGAGAACCAGGGCAGAAUGCCUUGCGUCGGUCGUUCAGUGACCAGUCUUUCGGCAGAACCCCACCGGGCACACCCACACACUCUAAAAAGGCACUUCAUUCUCCCUCCUCACUUAGCCGCAACGCAGGACGGUCUCUGACUCCUGACCCGCCCCAAGCCACACCCCUGGGACUCCCCGCCAUCCCGCCCACUCUCCUGUCCCCCCGCAGCGUGUUCCAGGCAGCCAAAGAGCUGGGCCUCCAGGCCUCUCAAAGGCUCCUGCAGACUGUCACUCAAAAAUACUCCUCCGCCUCCAGGUUUGGUCAAGCAGAGCGUUCCGCUACCAAAGCGACAGUGGAGGCCCAGGCCCAUGCCAGCGCUGACCAGAGCAGGAAAAGUGCUUUGCAGGAGUCCUGGUUGAGCCCAGAGGACGAUUCCGGGGCCGCCGUGGAACUCAUUGUUCUCCGCAGACAGUUGGUGAAGAUGAGUCGGCGUCUCGCUGGGCUCGAGAGACAGAACGCGGAACGCAGGCAGACCGAGGUCGUUCUCUUCUCUUUACUCAUCUCUGCCUGUCUACUCAACGGCUGGCUCUGGAUUCGCAGAUAACGCACACACACACACCACUCCACUCCACAUGGUCUUUACAGUCCAGUCUACAGCUCUACAUAGUAGCACUUUGAUUAGAGACAGAAAAAAACAUGCACUUAUUUCUUAUGAUCACAUAACCUCACAUAGUGUUUAGUCCUCAGGUCAGUUUUCAGUUCAGUUCAGUUCAGUUCUGGUGUGCACUUCUCUCC